CCUAGGGGGAUGCCAGGACAAUCACUAAAUAAAAAGAAGAAAACACAAGAGACCAUACCAGAACAAUCAGAAAGCACGGACAAGGAGACGGCACCAUUCCAGUCUGAUCUAAGCAGUAUUUCUGUGGCCAGUGGCAGUGGCAGUGACCAACCUGUAAUAGACCAGACCCCACCACCAAGUCAAAACCCAGUACCUAGGCAACAUAUAGCUUCAUCCGGUGUCAAAUCAAUUUGGUUAAUAGGAUCAUCCAUAGUAUAUUGGGCCAAUAAAGAAGCUUCGUCUAGACCUGGGGGACUUCACCUUGGCCUACAGAAUACAGGUGCUCAUAUGGUUUGGAUUGGUCAAAGGGGUAUGAAGUGGGGUGAUUUAAAUAGAGUCUUUGAACAAAGGUUGAUUAACCGCCCCCUUCCGAGUUUCCUUGUUAUUCAACUUGGGUCUAAUGAUUUGGGUAUAUUGACAUCAGAGAAAUUAUUCAGUGAUAUAGAAUGUGACCUGCUUCGGUUACAUGCAUUGUAUCCAGCUUUAAAAAUAAUAUGGUCAGACAUACUAAUGAGACGGUAUUGGCACAAUGCCAAUUGUGGUCAAGCUAUUGAAAGGGCUCGUAAACGAGUAAACCUCCGGGUCAAAAACUUAGUUUUGAGCAUCGGUGGAUGUGCAAUUAGGCACAGUAACAUACGUGCUAAAGAAAGUAAUUUGUUUAGAUAUGACGGAACACAUUUAUCAAAGAUUGGUAAUGAUAUUUAUCUGAAUAAUUUACAAGGAGCACUUGAACAGUUCAUGAGAUCCGGAGGACCAGCUGUUUUUCCUCAGUGAAAUUGAUAUUAUUAUGAGAAUUGUCUUAAAUUUAGAUUAGUUUAAUAACAAGUGAAACUCGGUCAGGAUUUUAAAGGGGCACCAAUCAGUUUAAUUUGGGGUUGUUUCAGGGGUAAUUUCUUUGGCAGUGAGUGGGUAUGCCCCCACUCAUUUG